UCAAGAAUCAUACAGGUUGGCUCAGCAGACUAUCCAAGAUCCAACCAAGUCUAAUGAAGUGAAGGAAAUAACAGAGAUGUUUAGCCACAUUAAUACAGAGUCCAUGGCUGCUGCCUAUCUGGGGACGAUGUUGAGUUUCGCUCCAUAUUAUACACCACCGGCAGAGUAUGUUGAGCCGCCUACUAUGCAAGUGCCUCGUCAUCAACGUCCUAAUGUACCAAUACCUGCGGCGCGUGGUAGAGGACGCCAAUCAGGUAACAGACGGGGUCGAACUCCCGUGGAUCACCAGUUGGUUGAUGAGGAAGAGGUUCGUUUUGAUCAAGAUAUGCCCAGCUCAACGAUGCAUGCAGAUGAUGAUGCAUAUCACCCAAUAAUAGAUUUUAUGUCCAGCUCAUCGACGUCAGCUCCCGAGGUUCAAUCACCAGCGGUAAUCAGAAGUGAGGGGCCUUUUCAGGCAUUCGCAUCGUCUGGGCCUAUUAGCCUGGCAGUUAUGGCCCAACAGUUUGGUGGUCAGACAAGCAGCUCUUAUGGGAUGACUGAGGGGCCUUUACCUGCAUUCACUGGACAGAGCUCUUCAAUUGGGAGGAGACUGAGUUUUACCGAUUCUCCCAUGGCAUUUGAUGUUGGAUCCUCACACAUUCCUGUGCCGGAUGUACAGACUUUAGAGCCACAGGAUACAGGUGUGAUACAAGAGGAGGUUCACCAACGUAGAUCAAAACGAGAACGUCGUCAAACUCGGUGUGGCACGGGGGGGAAAAAUGGACACUGUAAAAAUUAAAUUUUUAUUAUAUAGUGGGUAACUUCAUGUUGGGAAAAAUUACUAUUUU